GCUGUCCCGAAGGCUUACAGUGCCUCGAGGACCUCGCAUGUUGUCGCGCGAAUGCAAGACUCCAGGUAUUUUUAUUACUGUCAGUCCUCUAUUGUGGACAUGCAGAAUCUUCCCCAUCAACAUCGCGUCUAUGAUGACGAUGGUGAGGUAUAUUUCUGCGAGAUCCAACAGUAUCUCAAAUUCGACGAGAUGCCGCCACGAGUGCACGAUGACCCUAGCGCCUCGAGAACGUUCAUUCGUCGGGCAGCGGGCUUCGUUAUACAUGAUGGGCGGUUGUGGAAAAUCCACCGCAAAGCUCUUCCUCGUCUUGUGAUUGCUGACAAUUCUCGACGCUUGGAUCUUCUCAAGCAAGCACAUGACGAUUGCGGCCAUCGUGGACGCGAUCCAACCUAU